AUGGGCCUUUCGGAUAUCAUAUUUCGAUUCAAGGCGAAGGCUGAAUCAGUUUUCGGAGAAGAUGCAUUCGAUUGGGCGGACCGCUCCUAUAUAAUCGACUGGAUUGUCGUUGGCGUUCUUAUGGUGCUAGCUUCUGCGAUAGAGAGAUUUCAGGUCUAUGAACGAGAUUUCUCCCCGGAUGAUCCUACAAUCAGCCACAAAAAAACUAAACAACAAAUCUCCGGCAGCACGAAUGCCAUGAUCGCUAUAGCUGUACCCCUUGUUGUUGUAGGACUAUCGGGCGUAUUCAGACGAUCUCUCGGCGAAAUACAUCACGGUUUCCUGGCAACAUUUGCUGGCAGGGGACUUUCGGACUUGGUAACGGAAGGCCUGAAGAACAGAGUCGGUCGUCUACGCCCUGACUUCCUCUCACGGUGUAAGUGGGACGCUGUGGCCGCAGCUUGUACUGGGAAACACGACCAGGUAAACGACGGACGGCGAUCCUUUCCCUCUGGACAUUCUUCGACUGCAUGGGUGGGUAUGACCACGGUGUCUUUAUUUCUGGCCGGAAAGACAGCUGCAUGGUGUUUUAAUACACCAGCACCAGCAAGGUCCAUCAUUGGAAGUCGUAUGUCCCGUCUGGUUAUCACUUUCCUACCUCUGUCUUUCGCGAUUUGGGUUGCCGUAUCUCGUGUCGAGGAUUAUAGACAUCACAAGGAAGAUGUCAUCGUCGGCAGCUUUAUUGGGGCUUCAUCCUCGCUGCUCAUAUAUUUAAUGUACUGGCCCAACCCAUUCUCUGCAUCGAGCUUUGCUCCGGGUGUAAUGGGUAGACCGAGAGCGGUGUACGGAACGUACGCUCGCAGUAGAGAGAUCGGUGGAUAUGAGCUUUCGAGUAUGGAGCCGGACUCUGUGUAG